AUGGGCGAACCCGGCGAGGCUGAGGCCCUCGCCACGCCCGAGUUCUGGAACGAGCGGUACACAAAGUCGGACGGCUCGAACCCGACGCACGAGUGGUUCCGCACCUUUGCCGCCCUCGAGCCCUUCUUCCAAAGGCACCUCUUCUCUCAGAUACCCCCGGAGUCGGCGCCGCGUAUCAUGCACCUCGGGUCCGGCGAUAGUACCAUCCCCGCCGACCUCGCCGAGCGCGGCUACCGGAACCAGCUGUGCCUCGACUUCUCCACCGUGGUCGUCGACCUCAUGGCGGCGCGCCACGCCGCCGUCGACGGCAUCGAGUGGCGCUGGGCCGACGUCCGCGACAUGCCCGACGCCGCGCCCACGGGCUCCGUCGACGUCGCCUUCGACAAGGGCACCAUGGACGCCAUGAUCCACGGCAGCCCGUGGUCGCCGCCGCCGGACGUCCGCGACAACACGGCGCGGUACCUGCGCGAGGUCCACCGCGCCCUGCGGCCCGCCGCCGGCGUCUUCCUCUACGUCACCUACCGCCAGCCGCACUUCAUCCGGCCGCUGCUCGAGGCCGCCGGCGCGUCGUGGGACCUCGACAUGGAGGUGCUGGAGGGCGGGGAGAGCGCGUUUGAUUACUAUGGCUGGGUCCUGCGCAAGAAGGCGGCGGACUCGUGA